AUGAAUGUAGAUGGAGGUAUUUUCAAUCUAUAAAAUACAUAAUUUUCAGACUUAGGAUCCAAAUUCAAACAGAACAGUGCUUACUCAGGUGGAGUAAUAAGUAGUAGUUAUAGUUAAAUCACUUUAUAUGAAUCGGAAUUCGAAGAUAAUGUUGCAUAUGAAGGAGGCGUAAUUAUUUUAGAUUAAAAUUCAAACUUGGAUGCAGAUUAUAUAUCAAUGAAGAGAAAUUAUGCUUUGGGAGAAGCAGGGUGUAUUUUAGCUAGAACUGGCUCUGAAUUUACAAUUUAAAAUUCUAUUUUCAGUAAUAACUAAGCUUAGUUGGGAUAUUCAGUGCUGUAAGCACUUGGCACCCAUAAUACCAAUUUUUUAUCAUUCACUUCAUGCACUUUUAAAGAAAAUUAAGCACCUUAUACAUCAUUAGGCUGCACUUUCCUCGAUGAGAAGUUUGAUUAAGAAGGAAUAAUUUCUAUUUCAAAUAAUUUAGCAGGUGCUUUUAUAUAAAUCAUAGUUUCAGUUUAACUAUCAAUAUAGUUUUGUACUUUUACUGGAGGACAUUCAUAAUAUGGUGGUGCACUUUAUAUUUCUGAUGAUUCUAUUGUAAAAAUUGAAACAUCUAAGUUCAUUUCAAAUUAAGCAGAUGAUUAUGGAGGAGCAAUUUAUGGAAUUGGAUUUUAAUCAUUGAUUAUUUCUAAUGAUUGCUAAUUCAUAGACAAUAUAGCAUAUUCUGAAGGAGAUGAUAUAUACGCAAGAAAUAAUAAUUUCAACAAUUCUUAAGAAAAAUUGGCUGGAGGUGGAAUAAUCUGUAAUGAUUGUCCUUAAGUAUACAUAGCAAACUCAGAAUUCUCAAGACUAAAAGCAUAAAAAGGAGGUUGCCUAUAUUUUACACAGUCUGCAACUAAUAAUAUAGAAUUCAGCUAUCUAAUUGAAAACAGCAUUUUCAAUGAAUGCAUUUCCACUAGUGGUGAUGGAGGAGCAAUUUAUGAUGAUAAUAUUGGUAAUCUGACUAUUAGAAAUUCUAAGUUCUUGAAUAAUUUUGCAUUUGAAAAGGGAGGUGCUAUCUAUUUUUAAUGUUGA